AUGCUGGCCGCUCUUAACCUUGGCCUGGACUUCAAUGUCAGCCUCUACUGGCAAAGCAAGUCUCAUGAGAUCAUCGAAGUGAAAACGCUCGAGACCCAUACCUUUGACGUCACCGACGAUUAUAUCAAGAUGCUGCUGGCGUCAACGCCUGUCAAAGACCACCUCAAAAAGCAUCCCAAGGAUUAUCUCUAUCUUGUAUCCGGUCUCAAGUUGGUGUUCACUCUCUUCUACGCUUUCAGCCUUAUCUCAAUCCUUGAAAAGGUGGCCAAGGGUGCAAAACAGAACGUGGAUAAAAAUGCGUGUGCUGGGGCGGAUAUGAGUGCUGGCGAUGCGGCAAAUAAUAUCGCUAACAUCAAAGCCUUGAAACUGGCGUGGAAGCGGUCUAAGAGACGCGAAUUCAAGACAGCAACCGACUUUGUCAUGGCUGUCCGGCUAAGGCGGAUCAAGCUGGAUGACAAGGGUGAGUUAGCAGACCAUUAUCUGUCACUCAAAAAGACAACAAUGGAGGACGGUACUCCAGUUGUCAAAGAAUAUGACCAAGGUCCACUGCUUGUGUACGCAGGGCUGGAUGAUGACCUCUCCCCUGAAAAGAAGAUAUUCAUGAAGGAUCUCUAUGAAGUAGGCGGUAAGCCAAAAGAGGAACGGGAGGUCCAAAAUAUCCAAAACUUCGAUGAGGCCGACGACUAUGUGUUCUUGCCAGAUUUGUCAGAUGAGGAGGAUGAAUAA